AUGACUACUCUUCGAGCAGAUGUAUACGUCGCGCCGCCAAUCCCUUGGUUUAAGCCGAACGGCUCUGAGGGUGGACUUUGGUCUCCUAUUUCGUGCACUCUCAUCCACGGAGAAUCUGAGGCAGUUCUAGUGGACACCCCAAUAACAACACAUCAAACCGAACAAUUAAUCGACUGGAUCAAAACUCGGAUUCCAAAAAAGAAACUCAGUAAGGUAUACAUAACACACGGCCAUGGCGAUCAUUUCUUCGGCAUUCCGCUCCUGCAACAAGCAUUCCCUGGGAUCGAAGCAAUUGCAACACCUGGCACUAUUGCACACAUGCAAGAACAGCUCGAGCCGGAUGCAUUCAACGAGACCUGGGUCAAACGAUUUCCAGGGCAGAUACCCGAGUCACAACAAUUAGCCCAGCCACUAGGCAAGGAUCGCGUAAUUAAGCUGGAGUCGUACGUUCUUCAAGCAAUUGAAGUUGGACAAGCAGAUACCCAUGACUCGACAAUUCUCUGGGUCCCAGACAUCAAGUUAGCCGUUUGUGGUGAUGUCAUCUAUGGGGAUGUCCAUCAGAUGCUUGCUGAAUGCAGCACGCCCAAGAAGCGCAGCGAAUGGAUCAAUAGCGUGCGCAAGGUGGAGGCUUUGAGGCCCGAAAUGGUUGUGCCAGGACACAAAAUGCCAAAUGAAGUUGACGGCAAAUUUCAUCUUCAGAACACUAUACGCUAUAUCGAGGAUUUUGAGGCAUUCAUCGAUUCUGGAAUCUCUGAUGCUCGGGCAUUGACUGCAGCGAUGCUGCAGAAGUACCCUACUCGCUUCAACGAGGGCGCAUUGAUUAUAGGAUCCAUCUCAGCGUGUCGAAAUUUGGCCCCCAACUUAUGA